UAUAAAAUGUAUAGUUAACCUUCCAAAACUACUUCAUUUUUGAUAUAGUUACAUGAAAAUGUUACCGGUUUAUCAAAUACAUUGAAUGAAAACAACACAAAAUCAAUGGAUAGGAGUAGAAAAAGGGGAAUGCCUAAUUAAAAGGCAGGAAAACCAGGGUUAAGGAAUUUACACCACCACCAUAUAUACCUCUUCCACCUUCAUAACCCAGAUUCACAAUCCCCAUUUACCAACACAUCUAAAAAUGUCGAAUAACAUGAAAGCAGGAGAAACCUAUGGCAAGGCUGAGGCCAAAGCUGAAAACGCAGCGGGUGCUGUGAAAGACACAGCCAACCAAGCUAGAGAUAAGGCUGCUGAUGCUGCCGAGGCAACCGAGGGUCAGGCUCAGCUUCGCAAGGAAGAGGCCUCUGGCAUCCUCCAACAGACCGGAGAGCAGGUGGCUAACAUGGCUCAGGGUGCGUAUGAUGGUGUCAAAAACACGCUUGGAGUCGGUGAAAACCAAAAGUGAGGGAUCAAGCCAUGUUUGUUUCACAUGGGUUUGGGUGGACCUCUUGUAUGUUUGUAAUAAAGUCUAUAGCAUGAUUCAAGUGCAUUUGCUAGCUUUUAAUCAAAUGUAAAGAUAUAUAUGAUAAAUUUGAUGUGUAUAUAUAUAAUAUUUAACUAA